ACUCGAAAACUUAGCUUGUUCAGUGGCGCAAACACAUAAUGGGUACUCUUCCAAAGGCCUUUUCAUUUCAAAUCCUUCACCGGUCAUCAAAAUCACUAGCACGAGUCGGUAAAAUUAGUACUUUACACGGCGAUAUACAUACACCUUCUUUUGUCAGUGUUGGAACAAACGCUUCUGUAAAAGGACUUACCUCUCAGCAAAUUUUAAGUACUAAUUUAGAGUUACUAUUUUGCAACACCUUUCAUCUUCUGGUUCAUCCCGGUGUGGAUACCAUUCAGCAAGCCGGUGGUAUUCACAGAUUUAUGAAUUAUAAAGGACCCAUCAUUACUGAUAGUGGUGGUUUCCAGGUUUUUUCUUUGCGACGAGAACCUUUAGAACUUUUAGCGCGACAGAAACGGUUCGCACAUUUUUUUAACACCGGAAAGUUCGAUUCAAGCACAAAAGAAAAUCAAAAGCGACAUUAUUGUAUCUUUUGACGAACUGCCGUGCGUUGCUGCUUCUUGUGAUCAACUUUUGAGCUCCUUUGAACGAACACACCGCUGGGAAAUCCGUUCUUUGAAAGAACAUUUGAAAUCUCCUGAAAAUCAAGCCAUUUAUUCGGUAAUUCACGGAGGCGUGGAUAUAUCUUUAAGAGAAAAAAGUAUAAAUUUACUUUGUUCUGAGCCUUUUGAUGGCCAUUCUAUAGGUGGUAGUUUAGGUCAAACUAAAGAAGAAAUGAUAAAACUUUUGCGUGGACUGUCAGUAAUGCUCCCGCGUGAUAAGCCCUGUCAUCUUCUGGGCGUGGGAGAUAUCUUUUGCAUCACCAACACCGUCGGCUUUGGUAUCGAUACUUACGACUCAAGCUUCCCUACUAAGCUCGCUCGGCACGGUCGCCUGCUAGUGCGAGACGGUUGCAUCAAUAUAAAGUCGACGGCAUUUCUAAAUGAUUUUG